UGUUUGUACAAACAAUAAAAGCUUUAGCAGGCUAGUCUUGUUAGUAAGGAGACGGCUCAGGUGGCAAGUUCCCAGAUGGCAUUCAAGGACCAGCCUUGCCAGCACGCCCUUCUAAAAAUGGCAGCCUCCGGCCAGCUACGCUCUUUUCUCUACAGGUACACAAGAAUAACCUAUAAAGACGCUAAUAUCCUGAAACUCAUUUUCACAGCACUUUCACACUUAAAUUACUUUUUGCUAUUCCAUUAAAAAAUUACAAUUUUUAGAGAAUUUGAUCAUAUUCCCAAAGGCUUACAUUCUUACCUACUAAAAAAAGAGAGGGAGGGAUAAUUUAGCAUGAAUUGCUAUUUUGCAGAUUCUAGUUCAAAUAUCCAAAUAUUUACCUGAAUAGAGUAUCAAGCCAGCCCAGAUGUGCAUAGUAUAUUGAGAGAAUGAUCAACACAGAGAAGCAAAAGGCAUUUCCUAAGGGCUUCCCGGUACAAAAUAUCCAAAGAUUUUCCAAGGAUGGAGUGUGGUUUAGCCAAAUGAAGUCUUGGUUUUUAGAAAGCAAACUUGUUCUCUGUGUGGAAAUAGGACCUUAUCCCUCAAGGCCACUCAUGCCCGCGCAGGCCUGAGAACGGGCCCACGGAGAGAGCUGCCGUAGCCUGGAUACACCCCGCAGGGAUGAGCAGGAUGCUCAAAGACGCUUGGCAGACAUCCUCUCCCAAGUGGGGCUGGCCUUCCAAGUGCGCCUGCCAGGGGACUGCCUCCAAGAGGAGGGAGCAAAGUGUCCUGGAGGGAAGGGACUCAUGUUUGGUGAGGGACAAAUCUACAGAAGGAACAGCGCAAGCUGCUUUCAACUCAGAUUCGCAGCAGCUGUAGAAGGUCCACUAACCAACAGGGGACCUGGGAAGGGAGCCCUGUGUCCACGUCACACCUGCCCUUCCCCUUAGACCGGAGCUUUCUGUCAGAUUGCCUAUUAUUAAUUGACAUCUACCAUUUCCAUUAUGGACUUUGCUAAUUUUACAGCAUAAAAUAUACACAGUUGCCAAGUUUCAAGUGAUAAUUUUAUGUCUAAUCUCAAGAUUUGGCAGAAAUAGACACAUACUCCUGUUUUUUAAUAUCUUCUCUUGCUUAUUUUCCCAAGUUAGCAGUACUACAUUUUGGUUUACGCUUUACAGGCGACCGCCACUUUAAAUAAUCUUGGCUUUGCCCUUUGGAGAACAGUGUAGAAUAAUGAUGACUGUACAGGAGCUAGGGGUGUGCCAGCUGCCCCACUUCCUAGCCCUGCGACCUUAGACCCUCUCCACCUCUUCAAGCUACAGCAACAAAAAGCAUGUGCAGUGCUGUAAUGACAGAGGGCAACAUGAGUUUAAAGGAGAAUACACAUUGUGGAGACAGGAUGAAGCUGACCAGUGAGAAGUUGCCCCCAGGCCUCUGUAAUACCUCUCUAUCCCAGUAUGCUGCUAAGAACCAGAAAUUCUUCCAAUGGCGAAAGGAAAAGACUGAUCAUUACAGCCAUUCUAAGUUGGUGGAUAAGGCAUUGCAGCUCUUGAAUGAAAGAAUUAGAAGAGGGGAUGCUAUGGCAUGUUUUCUACGAGGUCAACUGUAUUUUGAAGAGAAAAAAGGAGUGGACUAUAUGAAGAAAAUCGUUGAUUCUCCAUGUCCCAGAGUGAGACACUUAAAAUUUGCAGCUGCUUACAACCUUGGAAGAGCUUAUUAUGAAGGACAAGGCGUCAAACGAUCAGAUGAGGAAGCUGAAAGACUAUGGCUCUUUGCUGCAGACAAUGGGAAUCCAAAAGCUAGUGUGAAGGCUCAGAGUAUCCUAGGAUUGUAUUAUUCAACAAAGGAGCCUAGAGACUUAGAAAAGGCAUUUUAUUGGCACUCAGAAGCAUGUGGCAAUGGAAACCUGGAGUCGCAGGGUGCUCUUGGGCUCAUGUACUUUCACGGACAGGGCAUCCACCAGGACACUGAAGCGGCCCUGCAGUGCUUAAGGGAGGCAGCAGAACGCGGAAACGUCUAUGCUCAAGGGACUCUCGUGGAGUAUUACUAUAAAAUGAAAUUUUUUACAAAGUGUGCUGCAUUUUCCAAAAGGAUUGCUGACUACGAUGAGGCUCACGACAUCCCCAUGAUCGCCCGGGUCACUGACUGUCUCCCAGAAUUCAUCAAUAAAGGCAUGGCCAUGGCAUCUUUCUACCAUGCACGGUGUCUUCAGCUUGGCUUGGGUAUCACAAAGGAUGAAGCCACAGCGAAACACUAUUAUUCUAAGGCUUGUCGUCUGAAUCCUACAUUGGCAGAUGAACUUCACUCUUUACUUAUUCUUCAAAGAAUUUAGACCAUAAUUUCAGCAGAGGUCAUCAAUCCCAACACAUUAGCAUGUGGGUAUUUUUAUCAUGGCUAUGUUUCGUUAUUACCCCAAGUUACAUUAUCCUGAGUAUGUUGCUGAUGUGUCACCUCUGUUCUUGAAUUUAUAUUCCGUAAUUUCACAACUUGAAACCUAGCUACAGGAUCAAAUGGCAGGAAGAGUCCUUAAAGAUCCAGCUCUUAGCCUACAGACUAACUUAGACACAUCAAAUAUUGAAAAACAUUCCAUAAAGCAAUUAUCUUUUCCCAUUCUUUAAAUACAGAGGGUCCCCAAAACCUUAGUACAGUUUAGUUUUAAUAACUUCAUAAGUAUAAAUGUUACAGACUUGUAAAAAAAAAAAACCAUUGAAAGUUUGAUUCUUUAAAAUUUAUUUGACCCUUAAUUUUAAUUUUGAUUAUAAUUUUAUUUCAAUUUGUUGUCAUUUAAUUUAAACUUAUAAUUCACAAAACUAAGAAAAAAAUUUAAAGAAACCUUCAAAUUAAAAAAAUUAAUUUGUGUAGCAUUUACACUUCUGAAGUUAUUAAAAUUCAGAUUGCACUGUCUUUUGGGACAUCUUGUUUUCUUAAAAGAGAUUCUUAUAACUAAGUGGUUAAUUUGUUAUAAACUUCAAAAAAAGUGGGUUUAAGAAAUUGCUUAGAAUCUUGCCUCUCCAUAUCUUCCAAUAUAGAUCUUAAUUAAUAAAACAACUGCUAUAUUCUUGAUAGGAUAACCAAAGAAAGAUGUUUCUUUGUGCUUCAACUCACUUUCUCCAUUUUAAAAAACCCUGGAUAUAUUUCAAGGCAGGAUAAAAUAUGGGGAAAAAACUCAAUGAAAUCAUCAAUAUAAGCACCAUAACUAAAUAUUGUUAAGAAUUAAACUAAUAAGAGGUUUUCCUUAUAUCAAUGACAUCUACAAAGGCAAAAGUUGACAGUACAAAUAGUAGGACCCACAUGCAGAAGAUGGCAUAGUGAUAAUACAUCUAUGAAGAAAAUACACUGAAAAUGAUAUGUCUUAAAGAUGUCCUAACUUUACCUUCUUUAUAAACAUAUUAAACUAAUGUGACUUUGUUUUAUGAAUCAUAACCACCCUUUCCAAAAGUAGAUUUAAGUAAGAUCUUAUCUUAGUACAAUUAAUAUGUAGGUACCAGUCACUAAAGAUAUAUUAUAUGGCAAAAAAUUAUUUGCUCCUGUUUUAUGUUCUCAUUUGACUGUAUUACUUGAACUCCAUUUUGUGUUUAUAUAAAGGAAAGAAAUUUCAACACUUAGGUCUGUGAGAUGCCCUCAAAUGGUCAUACCCUUCUCCCUUAAAUCUCUUAAAAAAUGUAAACUGAAACUACCCCUGAAAAUUAGUCUUUUUCUUUUAAAAUUCCUACUGAAGACUCUCUUCUCCCCCAGUAACUCCCUUAAUAUGGCAAGCCCAUUACAGGAUUUCAUAAUACCAAAUGUAUAUCUCUUUCUACAAUAAAUGACCCUUUGAUUUGCUCCUAUCCUCUUAAUACCAUCCGUGUAACAUUCCUUCAACCAUCUGAAUCCAAAUUCCCAAGCAGGAUUCUCUUCCCCCACACUUAAAUCCACUUCCUUAAGCCUUUAAGAAUCUUAAAAUACAAAUGUAAUAAAGCAGUGUAUGUUCACUUUAAUAGCACAUUUAAUAGAUACGCUAUCUCUCUUCAUCCCAAAGACCACUUUUUAAACUGCCACUAAAACACAGGUCUGAGACAUCCUAAACGUGGGAAUCUGACAUGUCAUAUGUGGUAAAAUGCAAUGCUUAAAUAUUUUCAGUGAGUCCACCACAGAAUUUUAAAUUUGUUUACUGGAGUUACCAUAAAGCCAGUUCUUCUGGCAGGUGGAUCCCUGCAAAGUUCCAUGGCUGCAAGCCGUAGUGAACACCUUGACAUUUGUCAGCUUUAAUUCAAGUGAGUUGAGGCUUCUAGAUUACUACACUUUUUCAUGAGAUAGCAGCUACAAGGAAUCUUACAGGAGUUUUGAGUUUUUCAUUUCUUUCCUUAAAGUGAGAAUUUAUCCUAAAGACUGAAGAGUCAAAAUAUUUUUCUCAUUUGCAGAAUAAACAUAACAACUACAGUCUACGCAUAAGAUGGACAUUACCAGUAACCACGUUACGAAGCGUUCCUGGGCCUUGGUGACUUCACACUGCUUCUCUUCUCUGCAUGUGUCCUUUCUCUAGAUCCCUAUGAAGGAUAAUUCUUAUCCAUAUAAACAGUCAACUUUGGAUUUUUCCUGAAGUGCCAAAUACUGCCCUGGUUUGAAAAAAGGAUCAAAGAGCUGUAACUAAAUGAGUCCCAAAGAUAAAAUUAGGUUUACUAAUUUUUAGUCAUUUAUCUUUUAGAACUUAGGUUUCACAUCAAGAACUUGGCAGGUAUGAUCUAGCAAUGACACAAUCAAUACCAUUUUAGUAUGAUGGUAUUCUCUUUCAUGGACUUCAAACUGAGUCUUUGCCUAUUAAUUGUUUUGCUUUCAAGAGUUCGGGGGAUUAGAGAGAGGAAAGUGUUUAAUUAUCCUGGCAUAAUAGAUGGUGAAGCCCUGAAAGAUUGACUGACUUGUCCGUGGCCUCACUAGUAAUAAAGCAUCAUCUGUACCCUGCAUCUCACCAAAUGCCCCUACCAACCCACAAGACUUGAUGAUAUGAUCAAGUCCCUAAGCUGCCUGGAGUGAACUUCCCUCCCCAUUUGUUUCCCUAUCUCGUUCCUGCUCAUCCUUCAAAGUCCAGCUCACAUCCCAGCUCCUGAUCUCACCAUUUCAGGCACUAAUUUAGCUCUUCUCAUUCACACUAAAAACCAUGUUUUUCACAUAUUCAGUGUCUGGAGGAAGGCAGAAAACUU